AUGUCCGAAAGUAAUGAAGCUCAAAUUCGUUCAUCAUCAGUAGAAAACGAGAAUGAAAAUUAUUUAGAUAAUCAAGAAAAGUUUCGUUUUAUCGAUGAAAUACGUCUUCACAAUGAUAAUAGUGUGUAUCCUUAUCAACAGGAUGACAAUGAAAUUGAUCGAUUACAUUCGCAACAUUAUCUUCUUCGAAUGGUUUGGCAGAAUAACUUUUCAGUUCCAAUCAAACAACAAUUGAUAGAAGGUGGAAUGCACGUACUUGAUAUUGGAACGGGAAGUGGAAUAUGGAUCCUUGAAAUGGCUUCAGAAUAUCCACUCACAACAUUCAAAGGAAUCGAUGUGAAUCAGUUAUUUCCAACAGAUUGUUCACCAAAGAAUUCAGAGUUCAUUCAAUGUGAUGUAUUAGAGGGUUUGCCUUUUGAAGAUGAAACUUUUGAUUUUGUUCACGUUAGGUUUUUGAUACCGGCCUUUACGCAAGAUCAAUGGGAAAAUGUACUUUUGCGUGAAACUUUGAGAGUGUGUAAAAUUGGAGGUUGGGUUCAAUUUAUGGAAUGGGAUCCUAGAUGUAUAAAUGAAGGUCCCAAGAUAAAAACAUUUACUGAUAACAUCAUGGAAUUUAUAAAAUCAAAGCAUGGUAAUCCAAUGAUAACUGAAAGAUUAGACGACCAGUUACUUUCUACCAAGAAAUUUUCCUCGGUUAAACACGAGCAUAAAUAUUGUCCAACAGGUAGUUGGGGCGGUACAUUGGGUAAAAUGGGACUUAAUGAUUUUGUGCAAGUUACAAAGGCAGUCAGUUCGCCUUUUAGUAAUUUCCUAAACAUGUCAUUACAAGAAUAUGAGAAAUUCGUUCAAGAUUGCGUACAAGAAUUUGAAGUAUCGAGAACUUAUACAAAAACGCAUCGUUAUUAUGGACAAAAAAUAUCAAAUUAA